GGAGAAUUCAAAUGAAAACUCCUCUUCGAAACCCCAAAAUCAACACAGUUUUCUGGGUUCUGGUUUAGGGUUUGCUGUGUGUUAAUGCUUGCUAGUUCUUCCUUUAAUUGGUGCUUUUCAUUGCUUCUUCUGGGUCUUUUAAUCAUUGCUUUAAGCUGAGUUUCUUCCCCCGUUUGAGCUUCGAGUAAUGGAUCCAGUUACAUCUCAUGGUCUGUCUCUUCCGCCGCCAUUUAACAUAAGAGAUUUCAAUCUUCACCACCAGCUGCAGCAGCAAGAACACCAUCAAUUCCACCGCCAAAACUCGGAAGAAAACGAGCAAAGCAGCAGCAGCAGCGGCCUAAAGAAACGGGAUCGCGAAGAAGACGGCGGAAGCCGCGGUGGAGAAGAAGGCAGAGAGCUCGACAUCCAUGGUGGUGGUGGUGAAGGUGAGAUGAAUAGAAGGCCACGAGGUAGGCCUGCCGGAUCCAAGAACAAGCCCAGACAACCCAUCAUUAUCACUCAAGACAGCGCCAACGCUUUGCGCUCCCACGUGAUGGAGAUCGGCGACGGAUACGAUGUCGUCGAGAGCGUCGCCACGUUCGCCAGACGACGCCAGAGGGGCGUUUGCAUCAUGAGUGGGACUGGGAACGUCACCAACGUUACGCUUCGGCAACCGGCCUCGGCUGGUGCAAUCAUGAGCUUACACGGGCGCUUCGAGAUAUUAUCGUUGUCGGGUUCGUUCUUGCCUCCCCCGGCACCUCCUUCGGCGACGGGGCUAACCAUAUAUCUGUCCGGCGGACAAGGCCAGGUCGUAGGUGGCAACGUUGUGGGGACACUAACAUGUUCAGGUCCUGUCGUGAUCAUGGCAGCUUCUUUUAGUAACGCAGCUUAUGAGCGUCUUCCAUUGGAAGAAGAAGAACCACCGCAGCUCCCGAUGCAAGGCGGCGUAACCGAAUCACCGCCGGAUGUAAUGGGCGGACAACAACAACAACAACAAGUGCCGUCCGAGUCAAAUGCACCGUUUUUUCAUGGACUGGCACCAAAUCUUCUCAGUUCCUUACCAAACGAGUCAUUUUGGGCAAGUGGUGGUCGUCCUCCAUUCUAG